GGAGAGGGAAAAAAAUGGAUUUCGCCCCCAUGGCCCUCGACCCCAUCCUGACGGGCCUUUAUUUACCUCGCCAUGCCCAGCGAACAUGUUCCAAGACAGUCUCAAUCCAAAUCAACUCUCAUCCUCCUUUUUUUCCUCAUUCUCCCUAAGUCCUCACAUACAUACAACCCUAUAUACCCUCCUCCCUAAUUCAGCCAUAUAAUCACACAUCAUGCGUCUCCAAUUGACUACCUCUCUGGCCCUCCUGGCCACUGCCUCCACCGUCGUCGCUGACGAUGUCAUCUCGGUCCUCUGGCCCUCCUCCGCCAGCGGCGAGAACUACAACGCCAAGCUGAUUGGAACCACUGGCGGCGACCUCACCACCCUGGUCAUCAACUGCCCGGCGACAGCCAGCGCCUCCGUGACCAGCUCUCCCGCUGCCACCGCCGCAACCACCAGCGCCGCCGUCGUCAAGCGUGCUACCACCGCCUCCAGCUCUGACGAUGAUGAUGACGAUGACUUCAACGACAGCUGCAACAUCCCCGACAGCGGCGAGACCCUGACCGUCGGCAGCAGCACCUGGGCCUUCAGUUCCUCCGGUAACCAAUUCUCCCAACAGGCCACCUGCUCCUUCACCGGCACCACUGUCGCUUCUUGUGCCUUCACCUACAACAUUGACACCCAGACUUCCUCAUCCAGCGGUGUUACCACCACUCAGCUUAACAAGGUCCCCAUCACCAUCACUUCUACUGCCUCUGCCACUGGCACUGCUACCGGUGGUGCCUCCACCGCCUCUGCUACGGGUGAUGCCUCUGGCUCUUCUUCUUCUGCCGCCUCUACCGGUGCUGCUACUACCACCAGUGACAGUGGUGCGUUUGCUACUGGCGCUAGCCAGUGGGUUGCUGGUGGUGCUGCCAUGAUGGUUGCUCUGGCUAUGGCUUAAACAGUACCCAUAUAGGUAAUGUGGAUGAGCUGUGGAAGUAGAGAUGUGAGUGUUCCAUAAGUGGAAAACGAAGCAGGUAUCAUAGUAUAUCGGAAAAAGGAUAUACAACAUAAACUACACAAUGUCAGCAUAUAAAACCCUACAUUUAGAAC